UUUAAAAAUGGAGAGUUGUGUUGUCAUUUAUUGUUGUUGUGGUUGUAGCAGAGUGUGCUGCUCAUAGUUUGCAUCCAUUUUAUACUGUUUUCUUGAUGAAGAAAUAAUAAUAAAUACUAUGGCGUCUGUAAAAGUUGCGGUUAGGUGUCGACCAUUGAAUAAAAGGGAGGAAGCACUUGGUAGUUCUGUGAUUAUCUCUAUGCAAGGAAGAAAAACUUUCAUCACAAAUGUUAAGGCCCCAUUGGAGGCAUCAGGAGGAGAUUCUGGCAGAGAACGAGCAAAGACGUUUGCAUUUGACUUCUCCUAUUGGUCUGCCGAUAAAAACGAUUCACACUGUAUCAACGAAGACACAGUGUUUGCAGACUUGGGUAUAGGUGUAAUAGAUGCAGCCAUUGAAGGGUACAAUGCUUGCGUAUUCGCUUAUGGCCAGACAGGUUCCGGGAAGACGCACACCAUGAUGGGUUCCCAGGAGAGUCCCGAUGUUGUUGGUUUGACACCAAGGAUAUGUCAGGGGCUGUACAACAAAAUAGAAAUGCUCAAGGGUGAAGGCAUAAGCUUCCGAACCGAAGUCAGUUACCUAGAGAUUUAUAACGAGAGAGUGCGAGACUUGCUAUGUACGCUAGGUACAGGCGAGGAGUUUGGUACACACUCGCUGCGUGUUAGAGAGCAUCCCAAGGAAGGACCCUACGUUCAAGAUUUGUCCAAACACUUGGUGAUGAAUUAUGCUGACAUACAAGAUUUGAUGAACAUAGGAAACAACCGCAGGACAACAGCAGCAACACAGAUGAACGAUACCAGUAGUAGGUCUCAUGCCAUCUUCACUAUCACCUUUUCACAGGCAAGGUUUUCUCGAGAUAUGCCGAGUGAAAUGGUGAGCAAGGUUCACCUUGUUGACUUGGCUGGCAGUGAGAGAGCAGAUGCAUCAGGAGCGACGGGCGUCAGACUAAAGGAGGGAGGAAGUAUAAACAAGUCUCUCGUCACACUUGGAACGGUCAUACAUGCUCUGGCGGACAUGUGCAGCGUAAGAUCGCCGGAGAAGAAGCAGAUGUUCAUUCCGUACAGGAAUUCCGUGCUGACGUGGCUCCUGAAGGACAGUCUGGGCGGCAAUUCGAAAACUAUCAUGAUCGCCACCAUAUCUCCAGCCGAUGUCAACUAUGCAGAGACACUGAGCACACUGCGAUAUGCAAACAGAGCCAAGAACAUCAUCAACAAACCUACUGUCAAUGAGGAUCCGAACGUAAGGCUGAUCAGAGAUUUGCGAUCGGAGAUUGCCAAACUGCGAGCCAUGCUGGGUGGAAAUGUGAACAUGUACCCAGGAGUCCAUGAAAGGUUGCAUGAGAGUGAGGCCAGGGUUAAGGUGUUGACGGAGGAGUGGCAGGGGCGCUGGCAGGAGAUGAGGGAGAUACUCACCGAGCCGAGCCUCGGACUGCGCAGGGAGGGCCUCGGCGUCGUGCUCGACUCCGAGCUGCCACACCUCAUCGCCAUCGACGACGACCUCCUGAGCACCGGGGUCAUCCUCUACCACCUCAAGGAGGGGAAGACAAAGCUGGGAAUGGAAGGGGCUGCUACACGGCAAGAUAUAUAUCUGAGUGGAUUGGAGGUGGAGCCGGAACACUGUGUAAUAAUGCACGAUAGCGACGGCGUUGUCACGCUGAUUCCACAGUCAGGUGCACAGUGUGUGAUAAGUGGCACUCUAGUCGAGGAGGCCACACAACUAAGCCAAGGCUGUGUGAUAUUACUGGGUCAGUCGAACAUGUUUCGCUUCAAUCACCCUGCAGAGGCAGCCAGUCUGAGGAGGCAAGGACUCAGAAGCACGAGUCUGGGUAUGUCACGCACGUCUCUGCUCAGUCAGUCGAUGUCGGAUCUCGUGAAGUCGACGGAGAACCUGACGCUGCAGAACGCGAGCAUCGAACUCGAGAUGAAGCAUCAGCAGGAGCUGGAGCAACUCGAAGCCAAACGUAAACUGAUAGAAGAACUGGAGCGAUGCCAUUUAGAUGCAGAAGAGAGUAGGAGAGACGAACAGGAGAUGAGAGACCGAGAGAUGGCAGAGCAGUCACUAAUUAUAGAGCGCAUACACCAGGAGACAGCACGACUUAACAAAGAAGCAGAGGAGGCACAAGAUAGAAUUAAGAGAGAGGAAUUAAAGUUGCACCGUAAGUCGAUGGAUAUUGAACAGCAAAGGAAAGAGUGGAUGGAGGAGGUUGAAAGAUUCCAGGUGGAGAAAGAGCGUCUAAAACAAGAAAAGGAGAAAAUGGAGGAAGAAUUUGAACAGAGGGAGCUUGACCGGCAAGAAGUCGAGGAAGAGCGAUCCAAACUGGAACAGCAGCAGAAGCUUCUGUUUGAACAAGAGAAUGAAGGGAAAAGUCCCAUUGGUUCUGUUGUCAACACAGCAGCUCAGGUGGCGCUGGAUGACGAUGAGUGUGCUGUGCAGGCUAGGGUGAAGCUGCUGCUAGAUCAGGUACUCCAGCAGGAUCACGGAGAUGACGCUGAUGCCGACAGCCUCUCUGAGUCCGGUAGUGAUGGCAGCAGGAUCUGUCAGUUGGAAGAGAGAAUACAAUCGCAAGAGGAGCAGUUGGAGGCACUGGUAUCCAACGAGCAGGACAGUAGAUCAGAAUGCAACAGGGAAGAGAGGGCUCAGCUUAGACAAGCUAUCCUGCAACAGCUAGAGACGGGCAAAACCGAACUCCUACACAUACUACAGAGUAAAGGAAAGCGCAGCAAGGUGAAGAGGCUCAACAGCUUGAGGAGCAAGGAGGAGAGACUGGAGUCUAAAAUCGAGGAGCUAAAGGAGUUAGCGCACCAGUAUACGAACACAAUGGAUGAGCUAGAGGAUAAGCGCGAUAAAUUUGAACGUGAGAGGAUGCUCGAACUAGACAAGAUCGAAACGGAAAAACUUCAACUUCAGGAGAUGGAGGACCAGGAAAGGAUCAACGCGCUCGUCGAGGCCGAGGUGAAGCGACGCUGCUUUGACGAGACGGUGCGGCGAGCGAAGGCGCUCAAGCGAUCGCGGGAGCGCGAGCGACGCACUCGCGAGCAGGAGAUGUCGCGGCUGAAGCGCGCGCACGAGAUCGAGAUACAGCGGCUCAAGCAGCAGCUGGUGUCGCGCACCGCCGACACCGGCACCGCGCUCCCGACAAAGGCAAACCCGUACGCGACAAUCCACAACAGCGACUCGCUGACGAGUCUCCGGCGACCGUCGGCGGACGUCGUCGCCGGCGGCAACGACCUCCCGCUGCGGGUCGCCGUGCCCGCGUUCGUGCUGCGCGGACACGGCGCGGAUGCUCAUUACGAGUACGAGGUACAGGUGGCGCUGCGGGGCGAGAGCUGGGUCGUCUACCGGCGCUACAGCCGGUUCCGAGAGCUGCGGCAGCGCAUGGUGGCCGCGUACUCGGUGACGGCGGGGAUCCCGUUCCCGCCGAAGCGCUGGUUCCGCAAUCGCUCGGAGUGGGUGGUCGCGCAGCGGCGGGAGCAGCUCGAGGUGUACCUGCGCCGCCUGGUGGAGGUGUGCGGCGCCGCGCCGGGGUGUCCGCUCAACGUGGCCGAUGGUCGCGUCGUCAAGCACUCGCUGUGGGAAUUCUCUUCCUUCUUUAAGAAGGGCGUGUUUGAAACAACGAAGCACGGGACCGGCUGAAGGCGUUCAGUCGUCCGUUAACCCAACGUUGGUAGAUUUACCCGUUCUUCUAUUCGCUUCGGAUGAA